AUGUACUGCACCAGGUUAUCCACUAUCGCGCAGAUAGUACCGGUAGAAUCAAUCAUUUUCAACGUAGCAAUACAGAUCGAAAUUGGUAGCGAUUUACCCGUGAUUCGUCGGUAUUCAUCUUCGUUGCAGAAGAUGGUCUUCAUCGGAGACGACAAACAGCUGCUGCCCUAUGGUCACAGUGACAUCUCAGAGUUGGAAAGUGUCUUUGAAAAGCAGCACCUUUGGCGGAAAAUACACUUUCUUGACACCAGUGUGAAUCGCAUGCCUAUGCCAAUCGGGGAUUUUAUAUCCGAACAUGUCUACAAUAAAAAACACAAGACUAUCCGUAACAUAUCGUCGAAGACCUGUUGCCGUUUUGUCAACAUACCGAAAGGACGGGAACAUCAAAGCAGGAUUGUAAGUAUUCCCUCUAGCCAUGCAGUGGUCAAGGUUGCGAAGAUCUUGCAGGAGCGCAACAAGUCGUUCCGAGUAAUAACACCAUAUGACACGCAAAGAUCUACCAUCGAAAAAUCACUAAAGGAAUAUCCGGCUGCGGAACUUCCUCCUCUAAGUCACACAGCACACAGGAAGGGCAACUGUACAACACGGCAGAUGCUGAGAUUGGUACGUACGCGUGUAAUCUCUGGAUAG